AUGGCACGCAGAGCGAGUCUUCAAGGCUCGCAGGCUGCCCCGCCACUAGCCUCACGCAACAUCAGCCAAGGUCUAGCUCUGCUUACCAACCUCGACCAGCAACGCCAAGCCAAGAGAGCACGAUACUCAACCGUACGCGCGGAAGAACCCGAUAAAAACCUUGACUCCACAAGCCCAAUCUACGACGCCUUCGUCGACAACCAAGGACCUGAUGGUAUUCUGACAAUGACCAACUUCAGCCCGUCUGAGUUCAACAUCUUGUGGGCGGACAUACGGCAAUACCUUUCGAAGCAUUGGAACACUGGUUCGGGGCGCAAAUUCGAGGUCACUGGCCGUGACUUACUGCUGAUGAUGUUGACGUCACUUAAGCACUGUGGCUCAUGGGAUAUCGUUGCCGCUGUGUUCAAACAAAAGUGUGCUACCUUUCAAUAG